GUCAAAUUGAACGCACCCAUGGUAGUAGUAAGCGUGUGUCUACUGUUUUUGACUUCUUUGUCUCAUGCAUUUAUCGCAGUGUGAGUGCGUGUGUACUAACACACGCCUCAUAUGAUAUGUGUGUACGACUCGGUCCUCUUUUUAGUGGUCCUGUCUUAUAUGUAUGUAUACGUCCCACACUGAUAGUUCGUGCGCCCGACCAAUAUUUUUAUUGUUUCCUGAUACUUUGGAACGUGUAUAACCGUCGAGCAUAAUACCCUUUUUACAAGACAUUAUAAUUACACAAAUUCAUUGUUUACAGUGCAAUUUAAAUAAUUAACAUUAAAUUUAAUUUAAUAGUUAAUAAUAAAAAAAAGUUGCUAUUCAAGAAAGUUAAAAAAAUGAAUCUUUUUAGAACACCAGCACGCGGAAAGCGAUCGAGAGGAGCACGAGGAGCACGAGCUGCACCGACAGCACCUUCCCAUCAACUGAGAAAUCGUGGAACCGUGGCAAAUCCAACGCCUGGACGUAGUGCUAACUACGCACCAUUACGGUCUUCUCCACGGAACAGGAACGCGCCAGUAGCACCAAUUAUCAGGGAUCAGAUACAUAAUCCGCCACCAGCACCAAUUAUCAGAGAUCAGAUAAAUAAUCUGCCACCAGUACCAGUCGUCGAGGAUCAAAUCAAUAAUCUGCCACCAGCACCAGUCAUUGAGGAUCAGAUAAUUCACGCGGCUGAGAUGAUUAAUGACGCACCAAUUCCAGUCAUUGAGGAUCAGAUAAUUCACGCGGCUGAGAUGAUUAAUGACGCACCAAUUCCAGUCAUUGAGGAUCAGAUAAUUCACGCGGCUGAGAUGAUUAAUGACCCACGAGUUCCAGUCAUUGGGAAUCAGAUCAAUAAUGCGGCUGCGAUUAUUGAUGACCCACCAGCUCCAGUCAUCGGGGAUCAGAUACAUAAUGCGGCUGCGAUUAUUGAUGACCCACCAGCUCCAGUCAUCGGGGAUCAGACAAAUAAUGCGGCUGAAGUAAAUGAUGGGCCAGCAGUACCAGCUGAUAGAGCUCAACCCAUCAUUUCCAAUAGAAAAUUUAAAUUAAUAAGAAAAUUUAAUGCCAAUUUCAACAAGGCCCAGAAGAUGUUCAGGAACGUAAAAAAACCCGUAGCUACUCCUCAGCUGCCUGUCGCAGCUCCACAACUGCCCGUCGUGGUUCCACAGCAGCCCGUCGUUGUUCCACAGCAGCCCGUCGCGGCUCCACAGCAACCUGUUGCGGUCCCACCGCAGUCGCAAGUGAUUCAGCCGGGUUAUUAUUGGCCACCGUCUCCACAAUAUCCACCUCCUUUACAACCUUACCCUUACACUCCCUAUACUAUCAAUCCGCUUCAACAACUUUAUCAGGCUCCUUACUACUAUCCAUGUCCACCAAAUUAUUCGCCUGCACCCAACUAUCCAUCACCAUACUAUUCACAUCCCCAUUAUCCUCCCCGUUAUCAAUAAAUCAGAAAAAAUAAUCAUUUAACUUUUUUGCAUAUUUUUUAACUUUUGUAUACGAAAAAUAAAUUUUUGAGCUCACAAUUAUUAUUAUUUUUAUUAUUGCUUUUCCGAGAAAA